AUGUAAUAAGUAGAGGAGAAGUGGUUGAUAUGUGCUGAUCCUGAUAGUUGUCAGAUCUAUACAUUAAACAUCAAUACAAAUGAAGUGAGAUUGGAAUAUGAUGUAGAUUAAGAUUAUCGAUAGAAAGCAUUAUAAGCAAUCCAAUAAAUAGAAUAAAUAUUGAAAUUAAAGACAGGUAUUUUAAAAUUGUAGAUUCAAAGGUACUUGGUUAAUGGCUUCUAAGUAGAUUGAUUAAUAUAGAAGAAGAAAGAUACCAUCUUAUUUGUUGCAUAAAUAAUCUUCUUCAAUUCCAACAUAUUUAUGUUAAUCAACUUUGAGUUAGGCAUUUGUUAAAGUAAAUUCAAUAAAGCUUUAAGUUAAAUUGAAUCAAUACAAAGAAUAAUUAUAAUUUUAAAAUGUGACAGAAGAUAUGUCUCCAGACAUUAAACCUAAUAUUGUAGAGAUUGAAGCAGGAUUAGUAACAGGAGCUGAUGAAGUAAUAAAGAGUGUAUUGAGAGAAGUGUAUUAAAGAUUCAAAAAAAAAUUAAAACCAAAAGAUGAGAAAAAUUAGUUUAUAUUACAAAUCUCUGGUUUUAAAGAGUUUUUAACAGGAAAUCAUCCAAUGUUAUCAUAUGAUCGUGUGAGAGUGUAAUUAAGAGGAAUGAAACAUUUAGAAGUAAUAUUAACAGAGAUUCCAAAAUAAUCAAAUUAAACAUUUCUAUUUCCUCCUAUUAUUCAUAGAAUAAAAGGAAGUGAACCUUUUCCAUAAAUAGAUUGGAUUAAAUUUAAAGAUGUUCCUGCUCUAUUAUGGUAUUCUCCACAAAAAUUACCUAAAUAUGAAUCUGAAAUUGCAAAUACUAGAUUAUCUGUAGGAGUUGUGCCUACACCUUAAUUGAAAUUUGAUAAAAUAAAAGUAUCAAACAGUUAAGAUUUAAUUUCAAAUAUUGAAGACAGAGUUAAAAGAAUGUCUAUUGAUGAAAAUCCUAUUCGUCCAACUUUUUAAGAUUCGAUAUCGAAAUAGAAAACUAGUGGAUAAAUAUAUGAUUUGAUUUCAAUGAGAAAUGAAUUACAAAAAUUAAAUAUGUUGAAAAUUGAAUAAAAUGUUCUUUAUUCAGGAGAAUGUGAUUGGCCUUUUAGUGUUAAGAUUUGUUCUCUUGAAAAUUUAUUGUAAACACUAGAAUAAGACAAUAAAUUUGAAUUACAAUAAUAAAGAGCCACUUAUAAUGGAUUGAUACCUCCAUUAUAUAUUACGAAAAAGAAUGCUGGUACUAAAGUUGAAGAAGAAUAACAUAAAUUAAGUAAUAAGAAAAAUGAUGAAACUGAUAUCAAUACUAUAAAUAGUAAAAGAUAAUAAGUUCAUCUAAAAUUACAUAAAAGGACUGGACGUGUCUUGGAUCCCAAAAAUAAAGAUAUUAAAAGAUACAUUCCAUUUGGAGGAUAAGAUAAUCUUGAUGAAUUAGCUACUUUAUAAGAGAGAUAUGAUUUAGAUUUUUUACCUUAUCUUAUUUCAGUUUAGGUAAGUUUAUUUCAUGGAGGUAAAUAAUUAACUCCUUGGUGUUAAGCAGAAACUAAAAAAUAACCAUUUAGUUAAUGUCCAAAAUUUUAUUAGACUAUUACAUUUUAAGGCAUUAAAAUAUCUUAAUUGCCUUAAGAAGCUAGAUUAUGUUUUAACAUUAUUGCUCAUAGUGCUACUGGAUAAUAAUAAAUUAUUGGAUGUACAACUAUGUAUAUUUUUUAUGAAGAAAGAAAAUUUAGAUCAUCUAUUAAUCAAUUAAAUAUUUGGCCUUUUUAUAAAAUUGAUCCCAGAUUACUUUGUAUGGGAUAAUACUGGGGAUGGGUAAGAUAACAGAAUUAAUAAUCGAUCACUCCUUAAUUGAUUACUAAAUCUUAUGGAAGAUUAUUAAUUUAAUUGGAUUAAUUUAAUUAGACUAUGAAAUGGAGUCUUAGAGAUGAAAAAUAAAUGGAAGAAUUAGGUUUUUCUAAAUCUGCUAGAUCAUAAAGAUAUUACGAAAUGAGAAAUAAAUUUAUACCAAAUUCUGAUUAUUCAAAUUAUUAAUAAUCAUAAUCUACUGCUUUGACAUAAGAUUAAUUUAAUUCUGCCUAUUAAAACACAAAUAAAAAUUCAUCAUAUUAAUAAAUAAAUUCUAAUUCAUAAUCAAAUAGUUUUAGUAAUUCGCAAUUGUUCUUAAAAAAACAAAGAACUGGAAUGACUUCUUUUUAUAAUGUACAUUAAAGAUAACUGACAAAUCCUUAUGAAUAAUAUAUGUAAGUAGGAUAUUCUUCAUAAGAUUAAGGCACAAUUCUACGUUUUGGAGAUAUGUAAGAUAGAUAGACUCAUUUUGCAUAAUCAAUGAUGCAUAUGAAUUAAGGUAGUAGUUUUAAUGUACAUGAUUAAUCAAGUACAUAAUUAAGUACUUUUAAAUUAAGUCAUUAAUUUUCUCAAUAAAGUAUAUAAUAAAAUUAGAGUUACUAAGAGAAUUAUAAUUAAGUAUUUCCUUAUAAAAAUUGGUCUACAACUCCAAGAACUGAAGAUUUAGCAAUAUUAUAAGCUUUACUUAAAUACAAUCCAUUAAAUAGACCUUAUUAUACAGAUUAGCAUAAAUAUAUAUUAAUGAUUUGUAGAAAUCAUUAUAAAACAUUGCCAUAUGCAUUAUAAAUUUUUUUAAUGGCUAUUGAAUGGGAUGAUCCUGAAUAAGUAAGAGAAGCUCAUAAUAUGAUAAAAUUAUGGACACCAUUACCACCUGAAGAUGCAUUACCAUUAUUAGAUGCUUAAUUUGCAGAUGAAACUGUUAGACUAUAUGCUGUUGAGAGAGUAAGUAUAUUAUCUGAUGAUGAAUUAUAAUUAUAUAUGUUAGAAUUGACUUAAUGUUUGAUGUUUGAAAAACACUUAUUUAACCCUUUAGCUGAAAUGCUAUUAGAAAGAAGUUUAUAAAAUCCUUGGGUUGUAGGACAUGAAUUAUUUUGGUUACUUAAAGCUUAAUUACAUGUAAGACCCUCUUAUGAGAGAUAUUCAUUAUUGUUAGAAUAAUUAUUAAUGUUAUGUGGAGAAUUCAGAUAAUAAUUAAUGAAUGAAGUUCUUGUUGAUAAUGAAUUGUACAAUAUUGCAUAAAAAAUUAAGGAAGACAAUGUACCCAAAGAUUAACGUUAAUCAUUAUUGAAUGCUGAAUUAACUAAACUUUAUCCUAAACUUCCUAAACCUUUUUCAUUUGCUUUAGAUUCUAGAAUGGAAGCAUAAUCAAUUUAAUAUGAUAAAUGUAAAGUUAUGGAUUCUAAGAAAAUGCCAUUAUGGCUUGCUGUCAUUCCCAAAUGUCUUGAAAAUGAUGAUGAAUUAUAAUUAUAAUAGCCUAAACAAAUCAAAUAAUAAGAAGAAAAUCUUAAUGGAAAUGUCUCUCUGAUCAUGCAAUAAGAUGAAAAUUUACACAAUAAUCCUAAAUAAUAAUUAGAUUAAAAGGAAUAAAAAGAAUAAAUUGAAGAAGAAGAAUAAAAUAAAUAACAUUUACUCAAAAUUAUAUUUAAAACUGGUGAUGAUAUUAGAUAAGAUAUGUUAACACUAUAAUUAAUUAAAAUUAUGGAUAAAAUAUGGUUAGAUGAUGGUUUAGAUUUUAGAAUGAAACCAUAUAAAACAAUUUCUACACAAGAUAAUGUAGGAAUGAUUGAAGUUGUUAGCAAUUCUUUGACUAUUGAAAAAAUUCAUGGCUAAGGAGGUCUUAUGGGUGCAUUCUAAUAAAAAACUAUAUGGAAUCAUUUAAAAAAAAAAAAUACCGAACCUUAAUCUUUUGAAACAGCUACUGAUAAUUUCUUAAGAUCUUGUGCUGGAUAUUGUGUUGCAACCUAUGUUUUAGGAAUUGGAGAUAGGCAUUCUGGCAAUAUUAUGAUUACUGAUACUGGUCAUCUAUUUCAUAUUGAUUUUGGUCAUUUUUUGGGAAAUUUCAAAUAAAAAUUUGGUAUUAAAAGAGAGAGAACUAAAUUUGUAUUAACUGAAGAGGUAUUUAUAAUCAUUUAAUUUUAGAUGGCAUUUGUUAUGGGAGGUAGAGAUGGAGAUCUAUUUAAAAAAUUUUAGUAAGAUUGUACUAAUGCUUAUAACUUAGUAAGAAAGCAUGGUCAUUUUCUUAUAAAUAUAUUUUUAAUGAAUUUAUCAGCUGGUAUGCCUGAAUUACAGUAGGCUUCUAACAUAAAAUAUAUUGAAGAUUAAUUGGCUUUAAAUAUAUCAGAUUAAGAAGCUACAGCCAAAUUUAAAUAAGAAAUCAUCAUAUCUCUUAAUGACACUUGGAGAUAAAUUGACAAUUGGUUUCACUAUAUUAGAAGAAAUUGAUUAUUUAAUAGAAUAAUA